AUGGCCAAGUCGAAGAGACCAAGCCAGCGGCACUUAUUGGUACGGAAUGCCAGUAGGACUGACGCAGGCGUCGGAUAUUCCAUCAAAGCUCGGAGUUCCGGGCCACGAUCCGUCUUCCGGCCCAAGCGGUGCCCCACCUUUUCAGCAACCUCCACGCGUACCUCCACAAGCAUCUCCCCAUGUUGGUGGUGCACCCCCACAACAUGGAUUUCCGGGGUAUGUUCUUUACAGUGCUCCGUUUUCCUCGGGUCCAAUUGGACCACCAGCUUGGCAACCGCCAUUACCGCCUCCUACGCAUCUUCAACCAUCAAGUCACAAUUUGCCGCUAGCAAAAGAUUCUCGAAGCUCAUCGACAUCCUCUUCAAAACUGCCAUUACGCACUUUUCCAUCUCCCCCACUUUUCCCCGCCCAAAAUCAAUCUUUAAACUUACACCCCAUCACCUUACCACCGGUUCUUGCUAA